AUGGCUACAAAGCAACCGGAUAUCUAUGAUUUGGCAUUUCAAUCGGACGAGACAGAAGAUUUGUUCGACGAAUCGGAAGUCGAACAGCUCUCGCAAACAGACGUAGAUCUUUACUUGGCAGAACAGCACGACAGAAUGGUUAUAUCUAACGCGGUUUAUUUGGUAUACAGUCCACCUCCAGAAUUAAAUGAUCCAGAAGCUGAAGAAAGGAGAAGAAAACGCAGACGAGAGCGUAAUCGAAGAUAUAGACAAAGAAAAAAAAACAGAAAAAAAGCGGCAGCAAGUGUUAGUCUCCGUACAAACACAUCUGAUGUUAUUAAGCAAGCAAAUGAGUAUCCAAAAUAAAGUAAGAUGCGAAAUAACAUUGAACAAAUGUGAAGAUGGAAAAAAUAAAUGAUUAACAGCU